AGGCGCGGCUGGCAUCAUGUCCGGCCGCACAGGUGGCAAGAAGAAGCCCCUGAAGCAGCCCAAGAAGCAGGCCAAGGAGAUGGACGAGGAAGACAAGGCCUUCAAGCAGAAACAGAAAGAGGAGCAGAAGAAAGUCGAGGAGCUGAAAGCCAAGGCCGCGGGAAAGGGACCCCUGGCCACAGGUGGAAUUAAGAAAUCUGGCAAAAAGUAAGCUGUUCCUUGUUCCUGAGAUGAUGGUGACCCUUGAUUCCAUUCCCACGAAGCAUCUGGAUUUCCUGUCGUAACAUCUCUGCCACCUAGAGGUAGAAUGAAGUUUUUGGCUAGGACUCUGAA